AUGAAGAUUCUCUGUCUCCACGGGAAAGGCACCAGUGGUGCGAUUUUUAAAUCCCAAACUUCAUCAUUCCGAGCACAGCUAUCCAGAAAAGACAUCGAAUUCGACUUCAUAGACGGUCCCUUUAAAUCUAACGCGGCAGCUGGCGUGGAUCUAUUCUACCCACCACCUUACUUCGGAUUUCUGGAAGAGAGCACAUACGAUGAUAUGCUCGCGGCGUGCGACUGGCUGCGCGUGUACAUCUCCAAGAACGGCCCAUAUGACGCAGUGAUGGGAUUUUCGCAAGGAACAAUUAUGGCAUCUACAUAUCUCCUUCUGCACCAAGAGGAAACACCUCAUCUUCCGCCCCCGUUCAAGGCUGCCAUUUUCAGCUGUGGCGCUGUCUCAUUGGGGGUACUGGAGGAACUUGGCUUCAAUAUUACUUCUUCGAUGCACCAUCGCGAUAUGGCAUCACGGAGGUCUCUGGGUAACAUGGCUAGUUCGAAUGCUAUCUUGCAGUCCGGUGGGAGCAGAUGGCAAGGCGAUACUACUUCUCAGGGUUUGUCUGAAGAUCAAGUACGGGAUGAGAUUAAGGGACCUCUCCAAAUUCCUAUACCGACCGUGCAUAUCUACGGAACGAAGGAUCCUCGUUAUUCUGCUGGUGUGCAGCUUUCCGGGGUUUGUAAUCCUGAGAAUCGCCGGACGUUCAAUCAUGGAGGUGGACAUGAGAUUCCUCGGACGUCGGCUGUUAGCAAUACGAUUGCGGAGCUGAUUGAGUGGGCACUGGAUGAGGCAGGUGUUUGA